AUGGCUAAGCCUCUGCGACAAAGUGUGGUUCCCAAGCCAGUGGUAAGGAUAGAAGUAGACCCUGAAGAAUGUCCUUUUAGGGAAUUCCGGGACAAUGAAAUGGCUGCCGAAUACUGGGGCUUGGGCCCUGCAGCAUUCCGCGCAUUGUCAUAUAUACCCAAGUUGUCCGGGAAGGGUGCGCCGGACCGCAUGACAUCUGGCUUACCCCAGGUGUGGACUGAUGAGCAGACCCAGCCGCUGCCCAGGUCGGUCCGCCACAUACUCAACGGGUGGAUGCGGGCGGAAGAGCUGGCGCAGAGCAGAUGGGACUCUGAAGUCGUUGUCUUUGAGGAAACCCACGCUAACACCAUGUCGGUGAUAGACUUCCAGUUGAGCCACGCCCAAGUCCUGCUGCGGUCUUCCUUCUGUCGAAGAGUCCUGUCUGCAUGCUUCAUAUUGGAGAGAGUCGAAAACCUGCCGGUGGAGCAUCAAUGGGAGUCAUUCAAUGCCACGUAUGGGCCUGAAGGAUGGAGAGCGAGAUACCACAUCUACUCCCCAGGGAUGAAGUCUGGUGGUGGAGUCACGCAUCGCCCUGGAAUAUCUAAAACUGGUUGUUACAUGGUGCGUUUGUACUACCUGGGCGCGUGGCGUUGCGUGUGGGUGUCCGACCAGGUGCCAGUGGAUGCCAGUGGAGCACCCUUGCUCCCCUUUUCUCCACUAAGCAGCCCAGCGGAGAAGGGCAAAGGGAAGAGUAUACCCGCCAUGGUCACCUCAUCUGUCGUACAUUUGUGGCCACUCUUGAUAUGUAAGGCGUUGCUAAAGCUCGCGGCACCCGACAUGAGUUGCGACGAGGAAGAAGAAGAAGGAAAUGAAGAAGAAGGAAGUGCUGAAAAAAUUGUAGAAAUCGUUGAUGACGAAGAUAUGUUCGAUUUCGAUAUAAUGCACUCUUUAACCGGUGGUCUAAGCGUGUUUAUUGUUCAAAAGGACAAGGAUCUUCUAUGGAACCUGCUUACUUCUGAAGUGCAGGUGUUCUCCUGGGAUGAUGAUGAUGAUGUGCAAUCCAGUACUGCCAAGUCCAAGAGUACCAAGAAAGCUAACCCGAAGGACAGAGACAAUAUUUCCAGGGUAAGUUUUUUUACGGUAGUGAUUGAAGACACGAAGGAUCUGGCACCUUUCAUUCUGCCUGGUAUUUCACCAGCUUAUGAAAUGAGCCUCUACGUAAGCAGCGUCAGGGACUUGCCUAUAAAAAAACCGCUUCCGGAGCCUGAUGUGGCGCUAUGGAAAACCUAUCGCUGGGUAGAUUGGGCUAAAAGCCAUGGCCUUUACGAAGCAUAUGAGUGUCCUAGGACUAAAUUUAUGAAGGUCAAUGGCCUGAUGAAACUCUCACGUGCUCCUCAUUUGCUAGACGUCGUGAGCACAGAAUCUAUUCAGAGCUUGAUUAAAAAUGUCAAUGUAGUAUUCUAUCCGUCAAUGUUUGAGUACACUUCGGCUGCUAGCAACCCUCCGAUAAGGAUCACCAAAGUUCCAAUGCGUGGUAUAGACAUACCAGCACCAAAAUCCGCACCACUGUAUCUCCAAAUAGACGGUCCUGAAGAAAAUUCACUGAAAAUCUCUUUAAAUAUGCUUCAUCCAAGGAUUCUUCUAAACUCUGGCUAUCCUAUUGUGGAUUUCAUAGAAAAAGCUUACGUGUUUUUGGAGGUCUUUGAAUGGUUUGUGGAUUCAGAACUGCCGAUUGCAAAAGGAUACAUACAAACAAGAGGGUAUGAUGCUAUUGAAAUUAGCUUUAAACCUGGAAGACAUUAUUGCAGGCUCUGGGUUCACUCUCGCAUGAACUGGCACGUAUCACUACUUAGCGAGUCCACUCUUCUUCUCGGCACCCGCAACACUAUCCAGGCCGCUGCCAUCCACGAAUGCCCCUGGGCUUCCAAGUUCCUUAAUGCCCUUGGAUCAGCCUUCUCCAACUGGAUCAGAGUGAACAGAUCCACAACUAAUAUUGUCACGUUCGAUCGAGACUUCUAUACGUCAUAUCAGCCCGAUCUAACCUGGGACCCAGUAGAAGUAGGGUACGAGAAAUCCUUCAUCCAUUGGAUGUUCCGUCAAUCACUCCAGACGUUCUUCUUCAAGCGACUUCUACCGCCAGAGUUCGAAAUGGUAUGCCGCGUCCUUCGCCGUUACUUCAUGGAUCCCGACUUUGGGUUUCCUCCUAAACCCAAACCGCCGAAGUCUUUGAGGGAAAUCGUUGCCAGAGAUCCAUGCGAUUGCACCAUGCCGGAAGCUGAAGAACUUAUGGAAGAGGAACUGCAUGAAAACACAUUUCAGGAACGUGCACCAGAAGAACAAAAGAAAAUAGAAAUGGAUCCUGAAAUGUUGGAGGCACUUCUGCGUGAGCCAAAAGCUCCAGCUCAAAGUCAGAUUUGUGAACUAGCAACUGAGGAAUUCCCUUGUGCAAUUUUGAAAGUAGAAAGAGAGAAGUUGAUAAAGAAACAUGAAGCUGCUACUUGUAUACAGGCAUAUUGGAGAGGGACCUGGGCUAGGAAAUGCUUGACAGAUCGCGUUAUAGUCACAUCAGAUGUUAUAAAACUACUGAUGGACAAUGCGUUUGGAAAUUUAGAGAUGUUAUCAGCAGUGAUGAAUGAAUUCUUUCACAUGUUCCCAAGGGCAAAGAAAGCGUAUUCCGUAGCGUCUGCGUUGGGUGGAGUUUAUGGAAUAAACCAGCACGUGGGAACCUGCCCAGUCACUGCGAGAUGUAAAUGGGUCCCGUACUUCCAAGGAGUAUUCUAUUGCCAUCUACCUGUGAAAGUCCAUUUUGAUGUCCACAGUACAAUUCCUCUAAACACAGUUCAAAUAUAUGACAAUGAUACCGGGGAGCAACUACCUCAAUCGUAUAAUGCUCAUAUCACUUUUGAUAUCCAUCCAAAUGUUUUUGGCUACACAGUAAUGGGUCACGGCACGCUAAGUAAACCCUAUGGAUACGCAACUGACGUCCAUUGGCAACUCACCGUCAUGACUUCCAUUGACAAUGUGUUUCACAGCUGUGAUAACCAUGAGACAGAGCUAUGUACUGUCAUGCCUCUCACUCCCGCAUCAAAAUUGCAUUUAGAUGAAAUAUACAUACCGAAUAGGAGGAACAUAUUGGGUGGAGUUCAGAUUUCAGUGACAAGGGUUGAAGCAGUUAGUUUUAGAGCUGCAGCUACGACGCCUGAUCUGGAAAUCGAAGCUAUACUCCGAACGACGGGGCAAGAAGGUGCAUUGGAGGAGCUGGCUCGAUGUAGAGGAAAAGGGGAGAUCUUCUGGCCAUACAUUCGUUUGAAGCCGUUGAUCGCAGCUAGCAUGAUGAUGCUGAAGAGACGGUCAUUCUCGACGAAUUAUCUUGGGGUACAUCCGGCAAAGCCCCCACCUAUGGAGCCUAAAACGUAUACAAUUGAAGUGAUAGCACCAGAUGGGUGGGCACUGCCACUGCAACAGUGGAAGAGGAUAGAUGAAGUCCGAAAUGAUGUAGGAAUCCCUAAGGCUGAAGCACCAGUCAAGAAAGUUACUAAAGAGAAGGGUGGCUCAGCAAAGGACAAGAAAGAAAAAGAGGACAAGGCAAAAGAAGCUUUAUCUAAAAUCCCUCCUUUCACUGUCCACGUUCCUCAAGCUGGUGAUGCGUAUAUAGAAUUAGAAUGCUCCACAACUGUCGGAGGCGGGGCUUAUGCUAAACGUGACGAUGAUAGAGACAUACUGUUUGCUACUGAACGGAGGAAUUGGGAUCUUAAAGAGCCCGGAAGGAACGCAAGAGGCGCUAGAAUACGGAAGGAGUUUCGGGAUGAGUUCCUAGUGCCAAUACCGCAACCGAAAUCUGAAUCCGUUUUUGAAUCAACUGUUGAGGAGGAAGAAGAACCACAGGAGGAACCAACACAAAGCAAGGUGGUUAUCAUGGUACAACAGGGUCCUACGCCAGCUACUGAGAGUCAAUCGGUAGAAGUAGAGAUGGAGACAGAAGAGGAGUCCCUGUACUACCUGAUGCCAGAACAACUCAGGGACAAAUUCGUGCCGCUGCAUUUCGUGCCUUUAUGUACUAAGGAAAAGAGUGAAGAUGAAGGUAUUCUCUUCACGGAGUCUAUGGCAGAAGCAUCAAAGAAGGAGCGUCAUGACCACAUCGAAGCAGCGCUGGAAAGGAUGAGAGAACUACAGGCGUACAACGAGCGGUACAUCUUGGGGCGGCAGAAGAAUAGAUGUACGCUACUGGAGAAAUUGGGUGUUGAUGGCGCAUGGAACCCAGACCUGGCUACAGUUUUAGAAGAAAGAGAUGAAGCUAUAGCCCGUGAAACUCUAGAGCGUUCUCUGUCUCUGCAGAAGAAGAAACAAGAUACAAAGAAAAAGUAA